AUGAAAUUUAGGAUCCCUAUUAAGAAACGUACGAUUAGAAAACGUAUGUCAAAAAUCAAAACUAGUUUACCACCAUUGUCAGCCAAUAAUGUAUCUAAAGUUGGCAUCAUUCAUCAACCCUAUUCGCAUCAUCCAUAUUCUGAAACAAUCCCCAAAACGACAAUUGAACCCGUUGACGAACGAAAAAUUCAACAAACAUCAUUGAAAAUUGAUGCUGUUUUGAAUAUGAUCAAUGAAGCAUAUGAAAAAACGUUAAUUCGCCAAUAUCGUCUAGAUGAAUUAGAUAAAAACGCUGAUAAAUUGAUUCUAUCAGCUGGCCAAUUUCAGAAGACAGCAGCCGAAGUUCAAAGAACGAUCUGGUGUCAGAAUAGAUAUUGUUGUUAUCUAGUGAUUGCUAGUUCGACAGCGAUUGCUGCCGGAGGAUUGAUUGCCAUGUAUUUUAUUUCUAGACCAGCCCCUUGA